AAGCCCCCCUCAAAUGGUGAGGAAGAAGAAGAGAGCGGAGAUUGAAUCGAAAUCAACACGUUCUUAUCAAGAGUUCAAAUUUUGCGAAACCAGCUGGGAGGCCAAUGCCAUAACUACAAUAAUAAUAAUAAUAAUAUUGGUAAAAUACAACAACAAAGAAACCAUCAGCGAGCAACAAGCAACGAAAACGUUUCACUUUCAAUUCGUGUUGCCGACUGGAAGCGUCGGAUCAAUAAACGAAAUUUAGGUAUUAGUGUUGUUGUCUAGCCGGGAAUGCUUAUAUAAUCAUGCGAUUACGUUUCCUGGCCACAGCCAGCCGUCAAUGGGGGCUAAAUAAUCGAGCCAAUAAUGGAAGUCUGCAUCGCCUGCUGGCGACAAGCAGCGCAGGACCAAAGGAUGACCAACAUAAUUAUAACAGCAGCGGCGAGGGGCAACAGCAAAGUUCGCCACUUUAUGGCGCUGUUGCCAUCGGGGGUAUCGGUGUCGGCUACUGGUUCUUCCAUCAACUGGACAGAAUGAAGCGGAAGCAGACAGAAAAACAAUUGGCACCGUCUCCUGCUACUGUUGCUGCUGCUGCUGCGGAUGAUGAUGAUGACGAAGAAGAGAAGAAAGCGCGUCUGUGGCACAGGACAAAGCGUGAGGAGCUGCCCACAUACAGUGUGGAGGAUGUGCUGCGUCACAAUACGCCAGAGAGCCGCAUUUGGAUCACGUAUGGUUUGGGCGUUUAUGAUGUCACUGAAUUUGCGCCGAAUCAUCCCGGCGGAGAUAAGAUUCUAAUGGCUGCUGGCAAUGCCAUCGAUCCCUUCUGGGCCAUCUAUCAGCAGCACAAUACGCUACAGGUGCUCCAGCUGCUGGAAACCUUUCGCAUUGGCAAUCUGAACAAAAUAGGUGCGAUCAAUGACGAUGAUGUUGGUGAUGAGCUAGGCUCACCGUGGGCCCAGGAGCCAAAACGGCACGCGCUGCUCAAGCCGGCCAGCAAGCGGCCAUUUAAUGCGGAGCCACCAAUUGGAAUGUUGGCCGAUAAAUUCUACACGCCCAACGAACUCUUCUAUGUGCGCAAUCAUUUGCCGGUGCCGUCCAUCAAUCCAGAUGAAUACGAGCUCGAAUUGGUCGUGGAAUUGAGCAAUGCGCAAUCAAAUCGCACGUUCAACCUCGACGAUAUUCAAAAGAUGCCCAAGCACACAGUCACAGCGGCCAUCAUGUGCGGCGGCAACCGGCGUUCCGAAAUGACUCGCAUUAAACCAGUCAAAGGUUUAUCCUGGGGACCAGGCGCUGUGGGAAAUGCCAAGUGGUCGGGGGCACGUCUGUGCGAUGUGCUCCAGGCGCAGGGUGUGCAGCCCGAUGAGCGUUUGCAUGUUAUAUUCGAGGGUGCCGAUUUGGAUCCGACAGCACAUCCGUAUGGGGCAUCGAUACCGUUGUCCAAGGCACUGGAUCCACGCGGCGAUGUGGUGCUCGCCUACGAGAUGAACGACCAGCCAUUGAGUCGGGAUCAUGGUUAUCCGAUUAGGGCGAUUGUGCCCGGCACUGUGGGUGCCCGCAAUGUCAAGUGGCUAACCCGAAUCGUUGUCACCGAUUCUGAGUCAGAUUCGCACUGGCAGCAGAACGAUUACAAGGGCUUCAGUCCGAGCACAGACUGGGAUACGGUUGACUUUAGCCUGGCGCAGGCCAUACAAGCGAUGCCAGUGACCUCCGCCAUCUGCACCCCCAUGCCCGAGGAACGAGUCAAAGUGGACAAGGAUGGUUGCAUUACGGUACGCGGCUACGCCUGGAGUGGCGGUGGUCGACGCAUCGAGCGCGUUGACUUGACCAGCGAUGCGGGCAAAACGUGGCAUGUCGCCCAACUGGAGCAGGAGAAUCUGCCCGAUGGCAGACACUAUGGCUGGUCACUGUGGACGGCCCGUUUGCCAAUCAGCGCCGAUCAGCAGAAGGAACAGCAUAUGGAGAUUUGGGCCAAGGCUGUCGACUCGUCGUACAAUGUGCAGCCGGAGGCAUUCGAGAAUAUUUGGAAUCUACGCGGUGUUCUCGCCAAUGCCUAUCACAAGGUCAAAGUAAAGCUAUCCCAAUAAUACACACAAUCAUCCACCAAGAACAAAAAACUUAAAUUCUUUUCUACUUACCAAAUACACAUACACUAUGAA